AUGUCUAUUGAAGAAUUAGAGGAGAGUUCUAUCAGAAUUUCAAAUUCGAUUAAAUGUUAUAUGGACCAAUAUUACUAUUUCAUUCCAUUUGGUCGCGUUGGUUUAGUUAAGAACUUUUGUUAA